AUGACACCACUAAAUCCUGGGAAAUAUUAUUUCUCGAAGAUCCAGCUUUACGACCCUAAUGAAAUCAUAAAUUACGGUAUUCAAAAGCAAAUUCAAAAGAAAAAUGGGAGAAAACUAGCUAAACUCGAGAAGCAGGGUAUAUUUGUUGGCAGAGACCCAGUAAAAUUGUUGAAAAAAGCUAACAAGAGUUCAAAAUCAGAAACUAACAAUGCAGAUCUGACAUCCGUUGAUAUCAUACGCAAAAAGUGGAAAAUCGCAUCACUCAGAGCUCAAGGUGUGAAGGUUAAAGAUGACAUGUCACUUUUGAAAAAGGCAGCUGAUAAGGUACAUAAACUCAAACGGAAACGAGCUAGAAACUGGAAGAAGCGUAUAGAGGCUAAUGAAGAAAAGAAACGUGAGAGACAGAAUAAAAGAAACACCAAUAUUCAAGCAAGAAGAACGAAAAAACUUUCAAAGAAACUAAACAAAGCUCGUGAAAAAGGGAGAAUCUUUGCCUGUGAAUAA